UCUAUUAUAAUUUGUGUAUCCAUACUUCAGAGAUGGAAAAUAUAUUAAUAUUAGCUGGGGAUACAAUUUUAGUUUCGUUCACUAAUAUUUAUUAAAUAUUACACUAUUUUGAAAUACUUACAAUGAGCGGUUGUGUAAAGCGUUACUUUUGUCCAAAUAAGCCCAUUAAGACUUCAGGAUGUCGUUCUACUUUCUACUAUCCCAACGGAGGCUCCUAUUCAGGCUACUGGCUGAACAACAAGAAUCACGGCUGGGGAGUCAAGGUGACUGCAGAACGUCAAUCAAGUGACUUUGCGGGAAAGAAAGAACCUGAUGGGCAGCUAAUCUAUAAGGGCUUAUGGAAUCACGGGAAACGUGAUGGUUGUGGAUCGAUGAUACGUAAGCGCGGGACGGAUUUGCAGACGAUCUACACAGGAAAAUGGAUGGAUGAUAUGAAGCACGGUAUGGGCAAGCAUUUCUAUCCGGAUGGUUGUGUCUACUUUGGGGAAUGGGAGAGGAAUCGUCGUCAUGGCUUGGGCAUACAGUGGCAUGCAGAUGGCAGCAUCUAUCUGGGUGAGUGGGAGACUGGCUUCAAGCAUGGAUUGGGAGUGCUGUUCUACGCAAAUGGCUAUCGCUACGAGGGACACUUUGCCCGUGGCUUUAAGAAUGGCGAAGGUGUCUUCUAUCAUAUGCACACUGGACAGAUUCAGAAGGGAAUGUGGCAGAAUGAUAAUGCACGUGUUUCGCUUAUGCAAGAUGCCCCACAAAUUAGACGUAACGAUGCUGUCACGCCCCUUCCCAUUCCUCGCAAUUGUCUGAGGUACCCCAACCAAAUCAUACGCGAUCUCUUUAAACGAUUUAGGCCACACGGUGAUAAACCACAUCGUCGCUUUAAUGAUAUGGUUAGCCUUGAGUUCAUUCACCGACAGCGACAAUUUGCAUCCUUUGAGGAACGUUUUUCGAGUCCAUCUGGCAUAGAUAUAUAUCCUAACUCCGGUUUUGUUUGCACCUGUGAUUGCAAAGUGUAUUGAAAAUCACUUUUAAAUUGUACGUUUGUUGUGUGAAAAAGUCCAGUAAACCUUAAAAGCUUAGCUAAAAAAUUGAAAAGAAAUCUCUGGAUGUCCUUUAACUAGAUGCUGUCAACGACACUAAGGUCCUUCGCAGUUAUUCGGGUUAGCCGCAAAUGUAGAAGCCGUACAAUGGGCCAAGCAUAAUAAUAAAUGCAAAAAGGAUGAGGGAUGUGUGAAGUGCGGACACCUGGUUUGGUCAGCCAUCGAUUCAAUUUAACCUGCUUUUGUCAGUUGUAAAUCAUUUCACAUGCAAAUGUUGGCCGAGUUCUUGUUGCCCUUGGGACGCCAUUAAAUUGUAAACUUCUUCAACAGCAUAAUCAAUUUAAUAAAGGAUAACAAGAU